UGUGGUGGUCUUACACCUCCCCCUACCUCAGUUGGUACAUUAUGAGGUGCCUGUUAGUGUGGUGGUCUUACACCUCCCCCUACCUCAGUUGGUACAUUAUGAGGUGCCUGUUAGUGUGGUGGUCUUACACCUCCCCCUACCUCAGUUGGUACAUUAUGAGGUGCCUGUUAGUGUGGUGGUCUUACACCUCCCCCUACCUCAGUUGGUACAUUAUGAGGUGCUUGUUAGUGUGGUGGUCUUACACCUCCCCCUACCUCAGUCGGUACAGCGCUCUUAUGAGGUGCUUGUUAGUGUGGUGGUCUUACACCUCCCCCUACCUCAGUUGGUACAUUAUGAGGUGCCUGUUAGUGUGGUGGUCUUACACCUCCCCCUACCUCAGUUGGUACAUUAUGAGGUGCCUGUUAGUGUGGUGGUCUUACACCUCCCCCUACCUCAGUUGGUACAUUAUGAGGUGCCUGUUAGUGUGGUGGUCUUACACCUCCCCCUACCUCAGUUGGUACAUUAUGAGGUGCCUGUUAGUGUGGUGGUCUUACACCUCCCCCUACCUCAGUUGGUACAUUAUGAGGUGCCUGUUAGUGUGGUGGUCUUACACCUCCCCCUACCUCAGUUGGUACAUUAUGAGGUGCUUGUUAGUGUGGUGGUCUUACACCUCCCCCUACCUCAGUCGGUACAGCGCUCUUAUGAGGUCCUUGUUAGUGUGGUGGUCUUACACCUCCCCCUACCUCAGUUGGUACAUUAUGAGGUGCCUGUUAGUGUGGUGGUCUUACACCUCCCCCUACCUCAGUUGGUACAUUAUGAGGUGCCUGUUAGUGUGGUGGUCUUACACCUCCCCCUACCUCAGUUGGUACAUUAUGAGGUGCCUGUUAGUGUGGUGGUCUUACACCUCCCCCUACCUCAGUUGGUACAGCGCUCUUAUGAGGUCCUUGUUAGUGUGGUGGUCUGACACCUCCCCCUACCUCAGUUGGUACAUUAUGAGGUGCUUGUUAGUGUGGUGGUCUUACACCUCCCCCUACCUCAGUUGGUACAUUAUGAGGUGCUUGUUAGUGUGGUGGUCUUACACCUCCCCCUACCUCAGUUGGUACAUUAUGAGGUGCUUGUUAGUGUGGUGGUCUUACACCUCCCCCUACCUCAGUUGGUACAUUAUGAGGUGCUCGUUAGUGUGGUGGUCUUACACCUCCCCCUACCUCAGUUGGUACAUUAUGAGGUGCUUGUUAGUGUGGUGGUCUUACACCUCCCCCUACCUCAGUUGGUACAGCUCUCUUAUGAGGUGCUUGUUAGUGUGGUGGUCUUACACCUCCCCCUACCUCAGUCGGUACAGAGCUCUUAUGAGGUGCUUGUUAGUGUGGUGGUCUUACACCUCCCCCUACCUCAGUCGGUACAGCGCUCUUAUGGGGUGCUUGUUAGUGUGGUGGUCUUACACCUCCCCCUACCUCAGUUGGUAUAUUAUGAGGUGCUUGUUAGUGUGGUGGUCUUACACCUCCCCCUACCUCAGUUGGUACAUUAUGAGGUGCUUGUUAGUGUGGUGGUCUUACACCUCCCCCUACCUCAGUUGGUACAUUAUGAGGUGCUUGUUAGUGUGGUGGUCUUACACCUCCCCCUACCUCAGUUGGUACAUUAUGAGGUGCUUGUUAGUGUGGUGGUCUUACACCUCCCCCUACCUCAGUUGGUACAUUAUGAGGUGCUUGUUAGUGUGGUGGUCUUACACCUCCCCCUACCUCAGUUGGUACAGCGCUCUUUGAGGUGCUUGUUAGUGUGGUGGUCUUACACCUCCCCCUACCUCAGUUGGUACAGCACUCUUAUGAGGUGCUUGUUAGUGUGGUGGUCUUACACCUCCCCCUACCUCAGUUGGUACAUUAUGAGGUGCUUGUUAGUGUGGUGGUCUUACACCUCCCCCUACCUCAGUUGGUACAUUAUGAGGUGCUUGUUAGUGUGGUGGUCUUACACCUCCCCCUACCUCAGUUGGUACAUUAUGAGGUGCUUGUUAGUGUGGUGGUCUUACACCUCCCCCUACCUCAGUUGGUACAUUAUGAGGUGCUUGUUAGUGUGGUGGUCUUACACCUCCCCCUACCUCAGUUGGUACAUUAUGAGGUGCUUGUUAGUGUGGUGGUCUUACACCUCCCCCUACCUCAGUUGGUACAGCACUCUUAUGAGGUGCUUGUUAGUGUGGUGGUCUUACACCUCCCCCUACCUCAGUUGGUACAUUAUGAGGUGCUUGUUAGUGUGGUGGUCUUACACCUCCCCCUACCUCAGUUGGUACAUUAUGAGGUGCUUGUUAGUGUGGUGGUCUUACACCUCCCCCUACCUCAGUUGGUACAUUAUGAGGUGCCUGUUAGUGUGGUGGCCUUACACCUCCCCCUACCUCAGUUGGUACAUUAUGAGGUGCCUGUUAGUGUGGUGGUCUGACACCUCCCCCUACCUCAGUUGGUACAUUAUGAGGUGCUUGUUAGUGUGGUGGUCUUACACCUCCCCCUACCUCAGUUGGUACAUUAUGAGGUGCUUGCUAGUGUGGUGGUCUUACACCUCCCCCUACCUCAGUCGGUACAGCGCUCUUAUGAGGUGCUUGUUAGUGUGGUGGUCUUACACCUCCCCCUACCUCAGUCGGUACAGCGCUCUUAUGAGGUGCUUGUUAGUGUGGUGGUCUUACACCUCCCCCUACCUCAGUCGGUACAGCACUCUUAUGAGGUGCUUGUUAGUGUGGUGGUCUUACACCUCCCCCUACCUCAGUUGGUACAGCGCUCUUAUGGGGUGCUUGUUAGUGUGGUGGUCUGACACCUCCCCCUACCUCAGUUGGUACAUUAUGAGGUGCUUGUUAGUGUGGUGGUCUUACACCUCCCCCUACCUCAGUUGGUACAUUAUGAGGUGCUUGUUAGUGUGGUGGUCUUACACCUUCCCCUACCUCAGUUGGUACAUUAUGAGGUGCUUGUUAGUGUGGUGGUCUUACACCUCCCCCUACCUCAGUUGGUACAUUAUGAGGUGCUUGUUAGUGUGGUGGUCUUACACCUCCCCCUACCUCAGUUGGUACAUUAUGAGGUGCUUGUUAGUGUGGUGGUCUUACACCUCCCCCUACCUCAGUUGGUACAUUAUGAGGUGCUUGUUAGUGUGGUGGUCUUACACCUCCCCCUACCUCAGUUGGUACAUUAUGAGGUGCUUGUUAGUGUGGUGGUCUUACACCUCCCCCUACCUCAGUUGGUACAGCGCUCUUAUGAGGUGCUUGUUAGUGUGGUGGUCUUACACCUCCCCCUACCUCAGUUGGUACAUUAUGAGGUGCUUGUUAGUGUGGUGGUCUUACACCUCCCCCUACCUCAGUCGGUACAGCGCUCUUAUGAGGUCCUUGUUAGUGUGGUGGUCUUACACCUCCCCCUACCUCAGUUGGUACAGCGCUCUUAUGAGGUGCUUGUUAGUGUGGUGGUCUUACACCUCCCCCUACCUCAGUUGGUACAUUAUGAGGUGCUUGUUAGUGUGGUGGUCUUACACCUCCCCCUACCUCAGUCGGUACAGCGCUCUUAUGAGGUGCUUGUUAGUGUGGUGGUCUUACACCUCCCCCUACCUCAGUUGGUACAUUAUGAGGUGCUUGUUAAUGUGGUGGUCUUACACCUCCCCCUACCUCAGUCGGUACAGCGCUCUUAUGAGGUCCUUGUUAGUGUGGUGGUCUUACACCUCCCCCUACCUCAGUUGGUACAGCGCUCUUAUGAGGUGCUUGUUAGUGUGGUGGUCUUACACCUCCCCCUACCUCAGUUGGUACAUUAUGAGGUGCUUGUUAGUGUGGUGGUCUUACACCUCCCCCUACCUCAGUCGGUACAGCGCUCUUAUGAGGUGCUUGUUAGUGUGGUGGUCUUACACCUCCCCCUACCUCAGUUGGUACAUUAUGAGGUGCUUGUUAGUGUGGUGGUCUUACACCUCCCCCUACCUCAGUUGGUACAUUAUGAGGUGCUUGUUAGUGUGGUGGUCUUACACCUCCCCCUACCUCAGUUGGUACAUUAUGAGGUGCUUGUUAGUGUGGUGGUCUUACACCUCCCCCUACCUCAGUUGGUACAUUAUGAGGUGCUUGUUAGUGUGGUGGUCUUACACCUCCCCCUACCUCAAGUCGGUACAGUGCUCUUAUGAGGUGCUUGCAUCAUAGGAUCACACACCAACUCAGUGGACCCAUUAUCCCCAUCCCAUUAAGUGCCCCUCGGCUGGUAUAUCAAAGAUCAUGGUAUGUGCUGUCCUGUCUGUUAAAGUGCAUACAAAUGAGCCCUUGCUGCUAAUGGAAAAAUGGAAGCAGAUUUCCUCGUAAGACUAUAUUUCAGAAUUUCCAAAUGUUUGACAUCAAAUUAAGCAAUGUGCUCUAGUAUGUCUAAUAUUAAACAAAACAAAUUUUAUCUAGGCCAGGGUUAAUCUAAAGAAUUAAUUAGCUUGAGUUCUAAGGUGGCUGAUGAUAAAAUGGUUUGUGGAUUUCAUAAAAGUGAGUCUGCACCAAGUCCAUCAUAGGCUCUAAUAAUUAUAAAGUAGUCGCUAACAUUUUCUUUAUAUUAAAAUGUGACAUGCUUUCACUUAUUCUAAACAUAAAACUGUGAGGU